AUGGUUUUAAUAACAUUUGAUGCAAAUAAUUAUAUUCCAUUAUAUAAGAACCCAAUGGCUUUAUAUCUAAAGAAUUAUACAUAUCCACCAACUCAUGCAAAUUUCAACUCAAAGAUAUUUUGUGAAAAUUCAUUUUUAACUUUAAUCAAACAUUCAUUUUAUAAGAAAUCAGAUAAAAAAGAAGCAAGUUUAGAAUUACAAAAAGACUAUUUAAAAAGAUAUCGUUUAUUAAUUGGGGAUAAAAAAUAUCAAUUUAAAAUAAUGAAUAUUCCAGAAAAUUUCCAUCUUUCUUUGUUAAUGUAUUCACUAUUAUACAAUGAUUUAAUUUUAAUGGGGCUUGAAUCUGAGGAUGUUUUAUUUGGUAAUUAUGAUUUCUCAAAUUAUAAAAAAAAUGCCAACGGACCACAAUACAUUAGUUUUGAAUAUCCAAAAAUUGAAAAAAAAAGACAACCUCAAUCAUCAUCACAAAUUACAAAAUUUAAAUAUUAUAAUAAUAAUAAUAAUAAUAAUAAUAAUAAUAAUAAUAAUAAUAAAAAUAAUAAAAAAUCAUCACCACAAUCAUCAUCAUCAUCUCAAUCAUCAUCAAAUUCAACAUAUACUAAAAAAAGAAAAUAUUGUAUUGAUGAUAAACAAAAUGAAAAUUUAGAAAGUUUACAAUCACCAAAUAGUCCAGAGGAAACAUUAUUAAUCAAAUCGUUAGAUAAUGAAUAUUUAGAUAAAUGGUAUACACCAGAAAUUUCAAAUUAUUAUUCACCAUUUGAAAUUAAAAAAAAAUUAAAACUUUCAAACAAUACAAAAUCAAAAUCAAAAUCAAAAUCAAAAUCAAAACCAAAAUGA